AUGAAUCCUCACUCUCACCAGCGGAAACGCCCACCUCCCGGGAAUAGGAAGGGACUAAAUGCCGUUGUGAAUCAGCAGAACACGCCAUAUGACCAGUUCGACUAUCAAGCAACAAACCGGAUUCAAAGCCCCCCACCUGUUUACGUUGCAGGGGACUUCGAAGAUCGUCCAUGUCAUGGUCAUUCUGCGCAGGAACUCUCUGUGUCAGAAGUAUCUCCGUCUGUUGGCGGAUGGGGUACUACUCACACCCAACAACCCUCUGACUCGGUGGCCCAUCAUCCACCCUGGAAUUCUAUUUGGACACCCGAUUAUGGGGUGUUGAGCUCGUAUCAGAUCCCCCCUCGAGAAGUCCAACUUCCUCCCUUGGACCAAGCCCUGGGAGAGGCAUGGAGACAACGCGAUCCAUUCGCUGAAGGCAUUGAAGGUAUGAUCCAAACCUACAAAAUCCAGUGCAUGAAGUGGCCCCUGUUCUAA